AUGGAGAGCAAGAAUGAGAAUAAGACUUCGAACAAAACAGGGACCUCAAAGGGUCCUAAGGAAUUCGCUACUGGCAAGAAUAAGAAAGGAGAGCAAAUUUGCUUCACUUGUGGUAACACCGAGCACCUCGCUAACUACUACAAGAAGGACGAUAAGAGAGACACUGAGAAGAAGAAACCAAGUGUUCGUAUUAUUAAAAUAGCCAGCCGAAAGAAAGGUCAUGAGCGAAUGGCUGAGCAGACAUGGGACCUUUCAGACUCAUUAGAAAACAACCAUAUAUCAAAGGGUACCCCAAGCUAUGGCAGUCAGCUAGAAACAUACGGCACGAAGCGAAAGGGGCUUACUAGGCCACAUAGACCAUUGAUAGAGCUCCAGAGGACGCUCCACUACUCCUUGGAGAACAAACAUUGGUUCCGCUUGCCUGCUGGCGAUGAUCCUAUUGAGCACUAUGUUAGAGUUGAAUUAGUAAAGGUAUUCCAGAAGCAACUGAUAAAAGGGCCAAAGGUAUACGCACUCAUAGAGUACAAUCCACUAUUCAACAAGACCAGCGGUAUAGACAGCAAGGAUAGUCUACCGAGCAAUUUAAAGGAAUAUGCCGAUGUCUUCUCUCCUCAGAAUGCGGAAAAACUAGCACUAAACUGUGAAGGGGUUAACCUAGCCAUUAAGAUCCAGGAAGGACAAGAACUACCAUAUAGUCCACUCUACCUAUUGUCACAGGCGGAACUGGAAGUCCUACAAUGCUACCUCCAAGAGAACCUCAAAAAGGGCUUUAUUAGACCAUCCAAAAGUCCAGCUGCAUCACUAAUCCUAUUCGUACCAAAGAAGGACGCGGCAUUCCAAGGUUACAUCAACCAGGCCCUGAGAGGGUUGGUUGACGACUUUUGCAUCGUAUAUCUAGACGAUAUCCUAAUCUUCUCUAAGACGAAGGAAGAGCAUACGGAGCAUUUGAGACUUGUAUAUGAAUGGCUACGAACAGCCAAACUAUAUACAAAACCCUUGAAGUGCCAGUUCUAUCAGAAUGAAAUGGAGUUCUUGGGCUUUAUUAUUAAUGAUCAGGGAGUCAAGAUAGACCCAGAAAGAGUCUGA